UAAAGCUCUUUCAUUAGGGUCUAGGCUGGGUUACUGUAAAGCUCUUUCAUUAGGGUCUAGGCUGGGUUACUGUACAGCUCUUUCAUUAGGGUCUAGGCCGGGUUACUGUAAAGCUCUUUCAUUAGGGUCUAGGCUGGGUUACUGUACAGCUCUUUCAUUAGGGUCUAGGCUGGGUUACUGUAAAGCUCUUUCAUUAGGGUCUACGCUGGGUUACUGUAAAGCUCUUUCAUUAGGGUCUAGGCUGGGUUACUGUAAAGCUCUUUCAUUAGGGUCUAGGCUGGGUUACUGUAAAGCUCUUUCAUUAGGGUCUAGGCUGGGUUACUGUAAAUCUCUUUCAUUAGGGUCUAGGCUGGGUUACUGUAAAGCUGUUUCAUUAGGGUCUAGGCUGGGUUACUGUAAAGCUCUUUCAUUAGGGUCUAGGCUGGGUUACUGUAAAGCUCUUUCAUUAGAGGCUGGGUUACUGUAAAGCUCUUUCAUUAGGGUCUAGGCUGGGUUACUGUAAAGCUCUUAUCUUGUGAUAACUGCUGAUGUAGCACGGGCUUAUUAAAUACAUUUGAUUCCCUUUUGUUUGUUUCCAUCCAGAAAAUCCUUGGUGUUUUCAAACCAAAGUCUGAGGAGCCUUACGGUCACCUCAACCCUAAAUGGACCAAAUACUUUCACAAGGUAACACUAUGCUCUGGUUUGUUUCUAUCACUGGCUUUUACUGUUCUCUCUCCUCUCCUCUCCUCUCCUCUCCUCUCCUCUCCUCUCCUCUCCUCUCCUCUCCUCUCCUCUCCUCUCCUCUCCUCUCCUCUCCUCUCCUCUCCUCUCCUCUCCUCUCCUCUCCUCUCCUCUCCUCUCCUCUCCUCUCUCUCCCCCCUUUCUCUCUCCAUUCAUUAUAACAGUAUUCAUUUAACUCUCCCCAUCCCUCUACCCUCCCUCUCCCCUCUCAUCCCCCUCCUCCUCCCUCUGUCCUCUCCCCCUCCUCCCCUCUCCUCCCCUCUACCCUCCCUCUCCCCUCUCCUCCCCCUCCUCCUCCCUCUGUCUCUCUCUCUAUGUCUGUAGCUGUGCUGUCCGUGUUGUUUUGGCCGUGGCUGCCUGAUCCCCAACCAGGGCUAUCUCUCUGAGGUUGCUGCCUCCCUCGUCGAUACCAGGCUAGGACUGGGGGUGGUCCCCAAAACCAAGGUGAGGGGGGGUCUCAGGCUGUGUGUCUGGUCAGUGAUAAUAACAGUGUUCUCAGGCUGUGUGUCUGGUCAGUGAUAAUAACAGUGUGUCUCUCAGGCUGUGUGUCUGGUCAGUGAUAAUAACAGUGUUUCUCAGGCUGUGUGUCUGGUCAGUGAUAAUAACAGUGUGUUUCUCAGGCUGUGUGUCUGGUCAGUGAUAAUAACAGUGUGUUUCUCAGGCUGUGUGUCUGGUCAGUGAUAAUAACAGUGUGUUUCUCAGGCUGUGUGUCUGGUCAGUGAUAAUAACAGUGUGUUUCUCAGGCUGUGUCUGGUCAGUGAUAAUAACAGUGUUUCUCAGGCUGUGUGUCUGGUCAGUGAUAAUAACAGUGUGUUUAUCAGGCUGUGUAUCUGGUCAGUGAUAAUAACAGUGUGUUUCUCAGGCUGUGUGUCUGGUCAGUGAUAAUAACAGUGUGUUUCUCUCAGGCUGUGUGUCUGUCUGGUCAGUGAUAAUAACAGUGUUUCUCUCAGGCUGUUUGUCUGGCCCUGGUCUGGGUGUAUCUGGUCAGUGAUAAUAACAGUGUUUCUCUCAGGCUGUGUGUCUGGUCAGUGAUAAUAACAGUGUGUUUCUCAGGCUGUGUGUCUGGUCAGUGAUAAUAACAGUGUUUCUCUCAGGCUGUGUGUCUGGUCAGUGAUAAUAACAGUGUUUCUCUCAGGCUGUGUGUCUGGUCAGUGAUAAUAACAGUGUGUUUCUCAGGCUGUGUGUCUGGUCAGUGAUAAUAACAGUGUUUCUCAGGCUGUGUGUCUGGUCAGUGAUAAUAACAGUGUGUUUCUCUCAGGCUGUGUGUCUGGUCAGUGAUAAUAACAGUGUGUUUCUCAGGCUGUGUAUCUGGUCAGUGAUAAUAACAGUGUUUCUCAGGCUGUGUGUCUGGUCAGUGAUAAUAACAGUGUGUUUCUCAGGCUGUGUAUCUGGUCAGUGAUAAUAACAGUGUGUUUCCCAGGCUGUGUAUCUGGUCAGUGAUAAUAACAGUGUUUCUGUCUCUCAGGCUGUGUAUCUGGUCAGUGAUAAUAACAGUGUGUUUCUCAGGCUGUGUAUCUGGUCAGUGAUAAUAACAGUGUGUUUCUCUCAGGCUGUGUGUCUGGUCAGUGAUAAUAACAGUGAGUUUCUCAGGCUGUGUGUCUGGUCAGUGAUAAUAACAGUGUGUUUCUCAGGCUGUGUGUCUGGUCAGUGAUAAUAACAGUGUGUUUCUCAGGCUGUGUGUCUGGUCAGUGAUAAUAACAGUGUGUUUCUCAGGCUGUGUGUCUGGUCAGUGAUAAUAACAGUGUGUUUUCUCAGGCUGUGUGUCUGGUCAGUGAUAAUAACAGUGUGUUUCUCAGGCUGUGUGUCUGGUCAGUGAUAAUAACAGUGUGUUUCUCAGGCUGUGUAUCUGGUCAGUGAUAAUAACAGUGUGUUUCUCAGGCUGUGUGUCUGGUCAGUGAUAAUAACAGUGUGUUUCUCAGGCUGUGUGUCUGGUCAGUGAUAAUAACAGUGUGUUUCUCAGGCCGUGUGUCUGGUCAGUGAUAAUAACAGUGUGUUUCUCAGGCUGUGUAUCUGGUCAGUGAUAAUAACAGUGUGUUUCUCAGGCUGUGUAUCUGGUCAGUGAUAAUAACAGUGUGUUUCUCAGGCUGUGUGUCUGGUCAGUGAUAAUAACAGUGUGUUUCUCAGGCUGUGUGUCUGGUCAGUGAUAAUAACAGUGUGUUUCUCAGGCUGUGUGUCUGGUCAGUGAUAAUAACAGUGUGUUUCUCAGGCUGUGUGUCUGGUCAGUGAUAAUAACAGUGUGUUUCUCUCAGGCUGUGUGUCUGGUCAGUGAUAAUAACAGUGUGUUUCUCAGGCUGUGUAUCUGGUCAGUGAUAAUAACAGUGUGUUUCUCAGGCUGUGUAUCUGGUCAGUGAUAAUAACAGUGUGUUUCUCAGGCUGUGUGUCUGGUCAGUGAUAAUAACAGUGUGUUUCUCAGGCUGUGCAUCUGGUCAGUGAUAAUAACAGUGUGUUUCUCAGGCUGUGUAUCUGGUCAGUGAUAAUAACAGUGUGUUUCUCAGGCUGUGUAUCUGGUCAGUGAGACGUUUCACUACAACACUAUCGACAGGGCCAAGUCCAGAGGAAAGAAAUACGCCCUAGAGAAGGUUCCCAAAGUAGGACGACGCUUCCACAGAGUGGGCCUGCCCCCCAAGGUACCCUGACCCUACGUCUUAACCCUGACCCUACGUCUUAACCCUGACCCUACGUCUUAACCCUGAACCUACGUCUUAACCCAGACCCUACGUCUUAACCCAGACCCUACGUCUUAACCCAGACACUACGUCUUAACCCUGAUACUACCUUAACCCUGACCCUAUGUCUUAACCCUGACCCUACGUCUUAACCCUGACCCUACGUCUUAACCCAGACACUACGUCUUAACCCUGACACUACGUCUUAACCCUGACCCUACGUCUUAACCCAGACACUACGUCUUAACCAUGACCCUACGUCUUAACCCAGACCCUACGUCUUAACCCUGACCCUAUGUCUUAACCCUGACCCUACGUCUUAACCCUGACCCUACGUCUUAACCCUGACCCUACGUCUUAACCCUGACCCUACGUCUUAACCCUGACCCUACGUCUUAACCCUGACCCUACGUCUUAACCCUGAUUCUAUGUCUUAACCCUGACCCUAUGUCUUAACCCUGACCCUAUGUCUUAACCCAGACACUACGUCUUAACCCUGACCCUACGUCUUAACCCAGACACUACGUCUUAACCCUGACCCUACGUCUUAACCCUGACCCUACGUCUUAACCCUGACCCCACGUCAUAACCCAGACACUACGUCUUAACCCUGACCCUACGUCUUAACCCAUAUUCUAUGUCUUAACCCUGACCCUACGUCUUAACCCUGAUUCUAUGUCUUAACCCUGAUUCUAUGUCUUAACCCUGACCCUAUGUCUUAACCCUGACCCUACGUCUUAACCCUGAUUCUAUGUCUUAACCCUGAUUCUAUGUCUUAACCCUGACCCUAUGUUUUAACCCUGACCCUACGUCUUAACCCUGACCCUAUGUCUUAACCCAGACACUACGUGUUAUUACCACAUGUUUGAAAAAUGUCUGCACUCACUAACUGUAAGUCGCUCUGGAUAAGAGCGUCUGCUAAAUGACUAAAAUGUAAAAUGUAAACUAUGUCUUAAUCCUGUCCUCCAAGGUACCCUAACCUGUGUGUGUCCUGCAUCUGUCUGUUUCUCUGUCUUUUGUUUGUGUGUGUGUGUGUGUGUGUGUGUGUGUGUGUGUGUGUGUGUGUGUGUGUGUGUGUGCGCGUGCGUGCGUGCGUGCGUCAGCUUGGUUCGUUCCAGCUGUUCGUGGAAGGUUACCAUGAGGCUGACUAUUGGUUGAGACGUUUUGAGGCGGAGCCUCUCCCAGAGAACAUCAGGAAACAGUUCCAGUGUCAGUUCGAGAGGCUGGUCAUUCUGGACUACGUCAUCAGAAACACCGGUAGGGGUGUGUUCGCUCACAGGAAGGAGGAUCUGUAGUGUUUAGACAUUUCCUGGUGACUUCCUUUCACAGUACACACACACAGUGCACGGCACACACACCACACACACACACACACAGUGCACGCCACACACACACACAGCUUGCCCACAGCGCACACACAGGGGCCUAUAAAAUCUGCGAUACGGAGAAUGGAAUUCAACAAUAUUCAAUAAUGUAUUGAACUUAGUAGAAAAUCAACUACACUGAAUAAAAACUGUACCGGGCAGAGGGCAGACAGCGUGCGUGGCGUCGUGUGGGCGAGCUUUUUUCUAAUGUCAACAUUGUGAACAGAGUGCCCCCUGGUGGAGGGGGGGUUUGUUAUGAGGGGAUAAACUACAGACAACCAACACAAUGGCUUUUUAUAGAUGGCCGUUUUGAAUGCACAGAGAUACCGUGACGAGAUCCUGAGGCCCAUUGUCGAGCCUUUUAAUGAAACAUUAGCAUGUUGCGUUUUUUAUAUAUUUUUGUUCAGUGUAAAUGUAUUGAACUUAGUAGGAAAUCAACUAAAUGUAUUGAACUUAGUAGGAAAUCAACUAAAUGUAUUGAACUUAUUGAAGAUGAAUUGAUAUGGCCCAAGAUGAUCAUAAGACAUGAACAGAAUGCAUCAGUGGUUAGUAUUUUCCAGGAGUACUUCUCGGUCACCACUAUGUGUUCGCCGUUUUAACGAUUACGCUAAUAAUCAUAACCGUCUUCUGGUAGAUGGAAAGGCUUUCCCAAAAACAUUCUCAAUGAAAUGUUAACUUCAAAGUAGCCUACACCUACCUGGCAGAAUGAUGUCAUGAUUAUUUGCAUCAAUCCAGCGGCGAUUUGUUUAGCAAACUCUGCAAUUUACAUGUGUGCUGCAGAAACACAGCUAACCAAACAAGUCUCUUGCUGGUGCACAGUUGAAUAGACGACUGAUCUACAACUGAAUUAAAAGGUAUCUACAUCCGAAAAUAAAACAUUCUUGGAUUUUUUCCCAGACCUCAAAAGUGGUCUCCUGUUGUGGUUUAAGUAUUGUUGUAGACUUAAAACAUCCAAUUUUGUUGUUUUUCUCUUUAAAAAUUGAUUUUGAGAGUGAAAACUUGAAAAAACCUGGAUAAAUAAAACGUAGAAAACAGAAUGGAAAUAGGGCAAAAAAUAAAACAGAUUUUAUAAACACACACACACACACAUACACACACACACACACACACAGUGCAUGCGUGAUCUGGAACUCCUCCCUAUAGCUUUGCAUUGUGUUCUCCUCCUAUGCAGAAUCUAACCCAUUCACCCCUUCACUCCUCCUAUGCAGAAUCUAACCCAUUCACCCCUUUCACUCCUCCUAUGCAGAAUCUAACCCAUUCACCCUUUCACUCCUCCUAUGCAGAAUCUAACCCAUUCACCCCUUUCACUCCUCCUAUGCAGAAUCUAACCCAUUCACCCCUUCACUCCUCCUAUGCAGAAUCUAACCCAUUCACCCCUUUCACUCCUCCUAUGCAGAAUCUAACCCAUUCACCCCUUUCACUCCUCCUAUGCAGAAUCUAACCCAUUCACCCCUUUCACUCCUCCUAUGCAGAAUCUAACCCAUUCACCCCUUUCACUCCUCCUAUGCAGAAUCUAACCCAUUCACCCUUUCACUCCUCCUAUGCAGAAUCUAACCCAUUCACCCCUUUCUCUGCUCUCUCUCUCUCUCUCUCUCGUUCUCUCCAUCAGACCGAGGGAAUGACAACUGGUUGAUCAAGUAUGAGAAGCCAGGGGAAGGAGGGGGAGAGAAGGUGAGUCCAUAGAUGAUGUGUUUGUUGAAAGGAGUGACACGAUGCACUCUGCACCCUGCAUGACUCCUACUGACAACACUACAGUAUGAUAGACUGACUCAGGGGACUAGUGGCAGUUGGACUCUGACUGACUCUUAUCUAGCAUUCAUUCAUUCAUUCAUUCAUUCAUUGCCUUUUAUAAUCGCAGGUUGAUGUUUAUUGUCAUGAAUCUGAGUGAUUCCCCCCCUUAGAUAGGCCAACUGCAAAGUCAAAAUGGUCUAUAUUGUAAAACUUCAUGAAAACAAAGAUGUGCUUUUUGGUCUUAAUUUAAGGUCAGGGUUAGGCAUUAGGGUUAGCAGUGUGGUUUGGGUGUUUAUGACUUUGUGGCCGUGCCAGCUGGUGACCACUCUGCAGAGCUGCCUUCAGGACGAGAUUCAUGACAAUAAAUGCCAACCUGCUUUAUAAUCACACACGCACUCACUCACUUCUCACUCACUCACUACAUUCUGAUUCUCUCCUUUCUCCUGAAGUGUGCACUCGUACACUCCCUCUCAUGGAUUUAAAAGGAAUUGGAAGUGGUCUGAGGAAUAUGGUGUGAAACUCCCUCCUGCUUGCACCAGUGACCAAUAUGGUGUGAAACUCCCUCCUGCUUGCACCAGUGACCAAUAUGGUGUGAAACUCCCUCCUGCUUGCACCAGUAACCAAUAUGGUGUGAAACUCCCUCCUGCUUGCACCAGUGACCAAUCCAAUGCACCAGGGGGAGUCAACGAGUGCACCCUUCUGCAGUAGGGUAGAGAAUCGGAACACAGCCACUCAACCAAUCAAGCAAUUACUUAACCAAUCAACCAAUCAAUCCACCCACCGUCCCUGAUCAAUAAGUGUUGUGUCUGUAGCUGAUCAAUUUGAUUUCAUUAGGAUUUCCUUUAGCCCAAGGGCUAGUCUUCCGAGAGUCCUUAAAAAAUGUGAAGAAAAAAAUAUACACAAAUUAUAAAAAGCAAAGUUAACAUUUUACAUUUUAGUCAUUUAGCAGACACUCUUAUCCAGAGCGACUUACAGUUAGUGAGUGCAUACAUUAUUAUUAUUAUUAUUUUUAUUUAUUUUUUCAUACUGGCCCCCUGUGGGAAUCGAACCCACAACCCUGGCGUUGCAAACGCCAUGCUCUACCAACUGAGCUACAUCCCUGCCAGCCAUUCCCUCCCCUACCCUGGACGACGCUGGGCCAAUUGUGCGCCGCCCCAUGGGUUAAAAACACAAAGAUCCACAUUCCUGUUACCUGAACAUAUUACCUACAACCCCCCCCCAUACCUCAUUUAAAUACAACAGAACAUAUUAAAAUAAUCUCUUAAAACAACUAUUUGGCAAGUUUUUUUUGACCUCUCUGGGAAAGGAGUUCCAGGACUUCACUGCCCUGAAACUAAAAUCUCUAAUCUGGGUUUUGGUGGCGUUAGUUCUGCUCCAUGCUUUACCAGAGUGUUGGACCAUACCCAGUUGAUCAUGGACAGUCGACCAUUUGCUCCAUGCUUUACCAGAGUGUUGGACCAUACCCAGUUGAUCAUGGACAGUCGACCAUUUGCUCCAUGCUUUACCAGAGUGUUGGACCAUACCCAGUUGAUCAUGGACAGUCGACCAUUUGAGUGCAUUAUGUAAUUCAGUCAAUAAUGAUCAACGUGUAGCUAAUCAAUAAGUGUUGAAUCUCUCCAUCAGGACCCAGAGAGAACAGAGAGUAGAGAGCAGGCUAUAGACAACCAUCAAUCAAUCAAUCAAUAAUGAUCAACGUGUAGCUAAUCAAUAAGUGUUGUAUCUCUCCAUCAGGCCAUCCAGAUUGCAGCUAUAGACAACGGCCUGGCCUUCCCCUUCAAACACCCUGACGAGUGGAGAGCCUGUAAGUUACUGUUGUACACACACACACACACACACACACACACACACACACACACACACACACACACACACACACACACACACAUACACACAUACACACACACAUACACCCAUACACACACACAUACACACACACAUACACACAUACACACACACACACACACACACACACAUACAACACACACACACACACACAUACACCUACACACAUACACACACAUACAUACACAUUCACACACACACACCACAACACACACACAUACAUACACACCACACACCACACAUACAUACACACACAUUCACACACACAUACACACACCAUUCACACACACACACACACCUUCACACACACAUUCUCACACACACACACCACACACAUACACACACAAAUAUACACACACAUAUACACACACAUACAUACACACAUACAUACACAUACAUAACACACACACACAUUCACACACACACACACACAUUCACACAUACACACACAUUCACACACACAACACACAACAUUCACACCCACAUUCUCACACACCACAAACACACAUACACACACACACAUAUACACACACAUACAUACACACAUACAUACCACACCACACACACAUUCACACACACACAACACACAUUCACCCAUACACACACACAUUCACACACAUUCUCACACACACAACCCACACACACAUACAACACACACCAUACAUACACACACAUAUACACACCACACAUAUACACACACAUACAUACACACAUACAUACACACACAUACACACACACACAUAUACACACACACACAUAUACACACACAUACAUACCACCAUACAUUACACCCACAUACCCACACACACACACACAUAUACACACACACACCACAUAAUACCCUACACACAUACACACACAUACAUACACAUUCACACACACACACACACCACAUACAUACACACACAUUCACACCACAUACACACAAUUCACACACACACACCCACACACACAUUCACACACACAUUCUCCACACACACACACACACACCACAUACCCACCCAAUACACACACAUAUACACACCAUACAUACACACAUACAUACACAUACACACACACACACACACAUUCACACACACACACACACCUUCACACACAUUUUCACACACACACACACACCACACAUACACACACACACAUAUACAACACAUAUACACACACAUACAUACACACAUACAUACACACACAUACACAACACACACAUAUAACACACACAUACACACAUACAUACACACAUACAUACACACACACACACACACACAUUCACCACACACCACACACAUUCACACAUACCACACAUUCCACACAACACACACACACAUUCACACACAUUCUCACACACCACCACACAUACACACACACACAUAUACACCACACAUACACACACUAUACCAACACACAACACUACACACACAUACAUACACAUACACACCACACAUCCUACACCACAACACACACAUACACCACCUACACCACACACACCCACCACACACACCCACACCCACACAUCUCACACACACACACCACACACACCACACAUUCUCACCACCACACACCCCCCCACACCACACACACACACACACACCACACACUCAUACAUAUUACUGGUCCUUCCCCUAACCCUUUCCAUUGGCGUGGCUGCCCCAGGCCUACGAACCCUCUCCCGGAACCAAAGCUUGCUCCCGUCUGUCGACAUAACUUUGUUCAGACCUCUGUAGGAAAAACCUCUACGAAAUGUUAUGGAAACUACCGCAUUCCCCUCACUCGCUCCUCUCUCUCUUCUUCUCCUGCCUCUGUCCUCUCUCCUGCUCUACUCUCUCUCUUCCUCUUCUACGCUCUCCCACAAAAAACCCCCCAAAAAAACCCCCCAAACAAAAAAAAAACCCCCCCCCCAAAAAAAAAAAAAAUUUCCCCCCCAAAAAAAACCACACCCACUUUACCCCACCCCCCCCCAAACCCCAACUUUUCCCCAAAAACACAACCCCCCCAAAAAACCACAAAAACCCCCCCACAAAAAUUAAAAAAAAUUUUGCCCCCCACCCCCCAAAAAAACCCCCCCCCCCCCCAAAAACCCCCCCCCCCCCCCCCAAACCAAAAAAAAACCCCAAAAAAACCCCCAAAAAAACCCCAAAAAACACAAAACCCCCCCUUUCCCCCCCCCCAAAAAAAACCCCCAAAACCAAAAACCCCAAAAACCCCCCAAAAUCCCCCCCCCCAAAACAAAACACAAACCCACAAAAAAACAAACCCCCCCCCCCCACACAACCCCCACAAAAAAACAAAAAAACACCCCCCCCAAAACCAAAAAAAAACCCCCCCAAAAAAAAAACCCACAAAACCCCCCAAACACAAACCCCCCCCCCCAACCCCCCCAACCCCCCAAAAAACCAAAACCACACCCCCCACCCCUUUAACCCCCCCCCAAAAACCCCCCCCCCCCCCCCCCUUUUCCCCCUUUCCCCCCCAAAUUUUGGCCCCCCAAAAAAUUUUUUGGGGGGCCCCCGGGGGGGCCCCCUUUCUUUUUUUUUAAAACCUUUUUUUCUUUUUUCGGGGCCCCCCUUUUCUCUCUCUCCCCCCCCCCCCUUUUUUCCCCCUUUUCCUCUCCCUUUUUUUCCCCCCCUCUCUCUCCCCCCCCCCUUUUUCCCCCCCCUUUUUCCCCCUUCCCUCUUUUUCUCUUUUUCCCUUUUUUUUUUUUUUUUUUUUUCCCCCCCCCUUCCCCCCCCCCCCUUUUCCUUUUUUUUUUUUUUAAAAAAAACCCCCCCCUUUUUUUUUUUUUUUUAAAAAAAAAAAAAUUUUUUUCCCCCCCCCCCCCCCUUUUUUUUUCCCCCCCCCCCCCCCCCUUAAAUUUUUUUUUAAAAUUUUUUUUAAAAUUUUUUUUUUCCCCCCUUUCCCCCCCCCCCCCCCCUUUUUCUCUCCCCCCCCCCCCCCCCCCCCCCCCCUUUCCCCUCCCCCUCCCCCUUUCUCUCUCUCUUUUUUUUUUUUUUUUUUUUUAAAAAAAUAAAUAUAUAAAAAAUAUAAAAAAAAUUUUUUUUUCCCUCGGUUUUCCCCCCUUCCCACCUCCCCAAUUCCCUUUUUUAAAACCCCCCCCCCCCAAAAAAUUUUUUUUUUUUAAAAAAUUAUUUUUUUUUUAAAAAAAAAAACCCCCUUCCCCCCCCCCUUUUUCCCCCCCCCCUUUUUUUUUUUCCCUUUUUUUUUUUCCCCCCCCCCCCCCCUUUUUUCCCCAAAAAAAAAUGGGUCCCCCCUUUCCCCCUUUUUUCCCCCCCUUUUUUUUUUCCCCCCCCCUUUUUUUUCCCCCCCCGGGGCCCCCCCCCUCUUUUUUUUUUUUUUUUUUCUUUUUAAAAAAAAUUUUUUUCCCCCUUUUUUUUUUUCCCCCCCCCUUUUGGGGGUUUUUUUCCCCUUUUUUUUUUAAAAUUUUAAAAAUUUUAAAUUUUUUUUUUAAAAAAUUUCCCAAAAAAAAACCAACCCCCCCCAAAAAAACCCCCCCCCCCCGGGGGGGGGGGAAAAAAAAAACCAAAUUAAAAAUUUUUUCCCCAAAAAAGGGGGGAAAAUUUUUUCCCCCCCCCCUUUCCAAAAAUUUGGGCCAAAAAAAAACCCCCCCCCUUUGGUUUUUUCCCCCCCCCUCUUGGGGUUUUAAAAUUUGGCCCCCGGGGGGGAAAAAAAAAAACCCCAAAGGGGCCCCCCGGGAGGGGGCCCCCCCUUUCCCCCCCCCCAAAACCCCUUUUUUGGGGUUUUUUUCCCCCUUUUGGGGGGAAAAAGGGCCCUUUUUAAAUAAAAACCCCCCCCCCUUACCCCCUUUUCCCCAAACUUUUCCCCAAAAAAAAAUUUCCCCCCAAAAAAAUUUCCCCCCCCCCCCCCCCCCCCCCGGGGUUUUAACGAAAAUUUUUUUUUAAAAAGGGAAAAAAAGGGGAAGCCAAAAAAAAUUUUUUUUCCCCCCCCCCCCAAAAUUUUAAAAACCCUUUUUUUAAAGGCCCCCCAAAAUUUUGGGGGGGGGGGGGGAAAAAAAAAACCCCAACCCUUUUUCCCCCGGAAAAAGGGGGCCCCCCCCCCCCAAAAAGGGGGUUUUUCUUUCCCCCCUUUUUUUAAACCCCCCCCCCAAAAAAUUUUUUGGGGGGAAAUUCCCCCCCCCCCGGGGGGGGGUUUUUUUUUUUCCCCCCCGGGGGGGGGUUUCCCCCCCCCUUUUUUGGGGGGGGGGGGGGGUUUUUUUUCCCCCCCUUAACGAUGCACUAAAAUGACCAAAAGUAUGUGGACACCUGUUCGUCCACAUCUCAUUCCAAAAUCAUGGGCUUUAAUAUGGAGUUGGUCCCCCCUUUGCUUCUAUAACAGCCUCCACUCUUCUGGGAAGGCUUUCCACUAGAUGUUGGAACAAUGCUGCGGGGACUUGCUUCCAUUCAGCCACAAGAGCAUUAGUGACGUUGGGCACUGACGAUUAGGCCUGGCUCGAAGUCGGCGUUCCAAUUCAUCCCAAAGGUGUUCGAUGGGGUUGAGGUCAGGGCUCUGUGCAGGCCAGUCAAGUUCUUCCACACCGAUCUCAACAAACCAUUUCUGUAUGGACCUCGCUUUGUGCACGGAGCAUUGUCAUGCUGAAACAGGAAAGGGCCUUCCCCAAACUGUCGCCACAAAGUUGGAAGCACAGAAUCGUCUAGAAUGUCAUUGCAUGCUGUAGCGUUAAGAUUUCCCUUCACUGGAACUAAAGGGCCUAGCCUAACCAUGAAAAACAGCCCCAGACCAUUAUUCCUCCUCCACCAAACUUUACAGCUGGCACUAUGCAUUGUGGCAGGUAGCGUUCUCUAACCCAGAUUCGUCCAUCGGACUGCCAGAUGGUGAAUCGUGAUUUAUCACUCCAGAGAACGUGUUUCCACUGCUCCAGAGUCCAAUGGCGGCGAGCUUUACACCACUCCAGCCGACGCUUGGCAUUGCGCAUGGUGAUCUUAGGCUUGUGUGCGGCUGCUCAGCCAUGGAAACCCAUUUUAUGAAGUUCCCGACGCACAGUUCUUGUGCUGACAUUGCUUCCAGAGGCAGUUUGGAAGUCGGUAGUGAGUGUUGCGUCGCGGCUGAGCCGUUGUUGCUCCUAGACGUUUCCACUUCACAAUAACAGAACUUACAGUUGACCGGGGCAGCUCUAGCAGGGCAGAAAUUUGACGAACUGACUUGUUGGAAAGGUGACAUCCUAUGACGGUGCCACGUUGAAAGUCACUGAGCUCUUCAUUAAGGCCAUUCUACUGCCAAUGUUUGUCUGUGGAGAUUGCAUGGCUGUGUGCUCGAUUUUAUAGACCUGUCAGCAACGGGUGUGGCUGAAAUGGCAGAAUCCACUCAUUUGAAGGGGUGUCCACACACUGCUGGAUAUAUAUAGUGGAUGAAGGGGUGUCCACAUACUGCUAGAUAUAUAUAGUGGAUGAAGGGGUGUCCACAUACUGCUGUAUAUAUAGUGGAUGAAGGGGUGUCCACAUACUGCUGUAUAUAUAGUGUAUGAAGGGGUGUCCACAUACUGCUAGAUAUAUAGUGGAUGAAGGGGUGUCCACAUACUGCUGUAUAUAUAGUGGAUGAAGGGGUGUCCACAUACUGCUGUAUAUAUAUAUAUAGUGGAUGAAGGGGUGUCCACAUACUGCUGUAUAUAUAGUGUAUGAAGGGGUGUCCACAUACUGCUGUAUAUAUAGUGGAUGAAGGGGUGUCCACAUACUGCUGUAUAUAUCUCCCGAGUGGCGCAGUGGUCUAAGGCACUGCAUAGCAGUGCUAGCUGUGCCACUAGAGAUCCUGGUUCGAAUCCAGGCUCUGUCGUAGCCGGCCGUGACCGGGAGACCCAUGGGGCGGCGCGCAAUUGGCCCAGCGUCGUCCAGGGUAGGGGAGGGAAUGGCCGGCAGGGAUGUAGCUCAGUUGAUAGAGCAUGGCGUUUGCAACACCAGGGUUGUGGGUUCGAUUCCCACAUGGGGUAUGAAAAAAAUAAUAAUAAUGUAUGCACUAACUGUAAGUCGCUCUGGAUAAGAGCGUCUGCUAAAUACUAAAAGAUAAAAUGUAAAUGUAUAUGAGCUCAGGUGCAUCCAAUUUCCUUUGAUCAUCUUUGAUGUCUCUACAACUUGAUUGGAGUUCACCUGUGGCCAGUUCACCUGGAUGUCUUUGAUUGUUCUUCCUUUUUCCCCUUCUCUCUCUCAUCCUCUCCUCUCUCCCUCUCUCACUCUCUCCCCUCCCUCUCAGGUCCUCUUCUCCCUCUUCCUUGUUCCCUCUCCCCCCUCUCCCUGUCCCUCUUCUCCCUCGCUCCAUCCCUGUCCCGUCCUCUCCUCUCUCCCUGUCCCUCCCUCUCCCUCGUCCCCUCCCUCUCUCUCCCGUUCCCCUCUCUCCUCCCUCUCCCUCCCUCCUCUCUCCCUCUUCCCCUCUCUCCCUCUCCCUGUCCCUCUCCCUCCCUCUCCCUCCCCUCUCCCCCUCUCCCUGUCCCUGUCCCUCUCUCUCUCUAGAUGUUAAACCUGAGCCAGGCGUUAAAGGAUAAUAAAACUCCCAUCCAGUUGGUCCAGAUGCCAAGAGUGGUGGUGGAGAGAAGCCAGACAGGAGGACAGGGGAGGGUGGUAACGUUAGGAACAGCUUUCACCCAGACCUUCCACUGCAAGAGACCCUUCUUCUCCUCCUGGUAG